CUGAAACCUCUAAAAAGAAACAAACAAUAUAGGUACUUGUUUAAUUUGUCUAUAAUGCACUGAACAUAAUUAAAUAUUCAUAAAUCACAACUAAUACUAAUAAUUGUUAAUAAGUUCGAACAAUAAAAUGUCUUUACUGUGGAUAAAGACAUCACCAAGCCUAGUAAAGGGAAUCAAGUUAAAUAACAGUCUGGAUGAUGCAAAAUAUGAGCAUUUCCUUAAGCGUAUUGUGAUAAAGUUGAAAAAUAAAGACCUUGACAUUUUUACUGAAGAGGAAAGAAGGAAACUUGAGACUAUAUUUAAAAUAAAUGAUGAAGAAUUAUUGCUUUCGAUUAAAACCAUUGUCUAUAUUUUCAAAAGAAUAUUUAAAUAUAUUUUCCUGCCUAUUGAAUUAAAAAAUGAUUUAAGCAGCCUAGGAUUUACUGAGAAGAAGAUUGAAGCCAUUUUAAAACUUUGGUCCUCGGAAAUAUCUUCAACACUUCAAAACUUGACGACAAGUAUUGAAAAGAGUAAUGAUGAACCUUCAUUUCUGUGGAAAUUAAACUCUGAGUUAUGCUCAGAUUAUCAUAAAAGAAGUAAAGUUCCCAAAGCAUAUGUAUCAAUUAAUAAUGGUAGUGAGAGCACUGAAAUUGAAUUAUCUCAUACAGAGCUACAUUCUAUCUUCCUUCAACUUGAAUCUGUGCAAAAUGAAUUAGAUAGCUUAUUGUCAUAAGCACACCAUGUUGAUAAAGUGCUUUGUAUUGUGCCUUUGUUAAAUCACAUUAAUGUUAUCAAAAAUAAAUAUUAUCUAUUUUGUUA